CCUCUCUCAUACACUUCCUGUUUGUGCUGUUUGUGAGCCGCAGUGUGUCUGUGUGAAGAGCAGAAGUGUUUGAGCGCAGCACAGAACUACAACCAGAUACUAGCGGCUGAUUUCGCCCUGUUUCACUGCGCUGCUCCGCCGUGCCCAGGAUGUGGGUUUUUCUGUUAAACCGUGAUGUGCGUAGUGAAUGAAUGGAAGCAGCACUGAGCUGGAGACACCUUGCCUUGGACUCUUUGGACUUUUUAAACACAUACAGAGUCUAUGGAUGUUGGACAGUAAACGGCAGAACCUGAGCGGUGAAGAUGCAGCACACUUCGUGCACAGAGGACAGGAUCCAGCACGCUCUGGACAGGUGUCUGGACGGGCUGAGGCAAAGCCCCACAGCAGCACACCACUGGAACGUCCUGAUGUGCUCGGCGGGUCAGUCGAUGAACCGCUGGAGCCUGGAGGAGCUGGUGAAGAGGGACCCCGAGAACUUCCUCAUCCUCUUACAGCAGAUCAUCAGGAAGACCAAAGAGGUUCAAGAGCAGUGUCAGUAUGAGCUGGUGGCUCCCCUCGCUAUCAUGUUCUCCUCCACGCUGCUGCAGACACCAUACUGCCCUGCAGACACAGAGCUGCUGGAGGAAGCUAUCGAGGUGUUUCGCUGCUUCCUCACGUGGCCUGAGCCUUACAGCAGUGUGUGUAGAUCCCUCCUCUCCACUCUACAGCUGGAGAUCAAGGCCCCAGGGAUUUCCUUUCAGAGACUGGUGAGAGAAGAACAGGGUCUUACAACCUCCAGCCAGUGUUCCAAGACCAUGACUGUGCUGCUGAUGAACCCAAGCGAGGUGCCCGCUGACUUUCUGUCAGUGGCUGAGCAGCUCAGUUGCAUUCAGCAUUCGCAGAAAGAGACCUACAUCACCCUGAUCAAACACGCCUUCCAGUCCACACUAGGCACCAAGUACCCUCUGCAUCACAUCCACAAAGUCCUGCAGGCAAAAUCUGUGAAUGAAUUGGGGGAGAUAUUCUCUGCAGUAAGUGAUGUCUUGGAGACAGCCACUGCCAUGAGUGACCCUCUGAAAGGGCGUAGUCAUGUGGUCCAGGAACUUGAACGACUAAGGGAGAGGAUAAAAAUCCCAGCAUCCAAUGGAAGGAAGUCUGAUGGAAUGCUACAAACUCUACCACUGCCUACAGCCAAGUGUUACAUGUUUCACUGGGAAAAAGACAACUUUGAUGUCCUAAACACCCUUUUGGAGCAUGAUCUUGAUGAGCUGGCCACUAAUGGGCAGGCUGAGGAUGAAGAGGAGGUAAACACUGAUGAUGAUGACGACGAGGAUGUGACUGAGAUUGAUGAAGAAGAAGAAAAACAUGGAGUAGAAUUGCCUUCAAUGUCUAUCAUCCCUAUUUGCUGCAGUGCAACCCAUCGUGCCUCCACCUUCUCCACCAUCUCUUCCCUGUCCACCGCUUCCAAAGACUCCAUGUUCUCCACCUUGUCUGUAGCCUCAGAGUCCUCCGCUCCGUCCCUCUUCUCUGUCACUUCUGGAGCCGAUAGUGACUUCUUUGAAGAUUCUGAUGAUUAUAUUUGCUCCUCUCCCAUCACUGAAAAGUAUUCGCCAAAGUCUGCCAACAAAACUUCAGCUCGACUCAGCCAGCACUUCUACCGGCUCUUCAUCAAACCAAAGAGCCCACUGUCCCGGGCCAAAAGCUUAGGAAAUCCAGAAUCAAAAGACCUUUUGGUGGUGCGAGAGAAGCGUUCCAACUCUCUGCCACAGCAAGUCAAGUUACGUAGUCCUGAGCCUCUACUCCACCCAAGUCAAACUCUCAGACAUGUCUGUUUUCGAAGGAGGCCUAUUCUCAGCAGUGAUGAAGACAGUAAGAACACUACGCUAAGGGUGGUGGUCUUUGGUGCAGAUCAUGUAGCAGGGAAGGUGGCCCGGGCCUACAAUAGCCUAAGGAGGAAGGAGAGUGCAUGUCCUCAUCUCAGCAGGGCCUUUAACCUUCAGUUCUACUUUGUGCCUGUAAAGAGAGACUCAGCAGCAGGGCCAGGGAAUCUUCGGUCUCCUAGUCCUGUGGUUCAACCUGGAACUCUAAAGGGAGGAGUCCUGCUUAACGAUCUUCACCUCAUGGACAAAGGGGACAGUACUAAUGACAUUGCCCAUCUCCUUGGUAUGUUAGACCCUUGGUACGAAAGAAACACCCUCAGCCUGCUUAAGUUGCCAGCCAACGUCGUCUGCCAGCAAACCUCAAAGACGGAGUCAGAGUCAUAUGAUAGUUCAUAUGAGCAGCGUCUGCCCAUCCUGGCCGACUUGGUCCUGUACUACUGCCGCUAUGCUGCCCGGCCAGCUCUGAUCCAGCUCUAUCAGGCAGAGUUGACAUUAGCUUGCGGAGAGAGGAGGACUGAGGUGUUUGUCCACUCCCUAGAGUUGGGUCACACUGCAGGGACACGAGCCAUCAAGGCCAUGGGGGCUGCCAGUAAGCGGUUCGGUAUUGAUGGUGACCGAGAAGCAGUGCCUCUAAUGCUGGACAUGGUUUACAACAGGGUGGUGAUUAGCGGGAGAAGCCAGUGGAAAAGAGAAACCAAAGUCUGUACUUCAGUAAACUUGACCAAAGCAUGCAAGAAUCCCGAGGAACUCGACUCAAAGAUGGAGUGCCUGCAGCUCACCAUGACUGAGGUCCUGAAGAGACAGAAUGGUAAAAGCAAGAAGGGCUACAACCAGCAGCUGAGCACGACAGAGGUGAAGGUGGACAAGGUGCAAGUCAGCGGUGCUGGAGACACAACCUUCGCUGUUUGUUUGGAUCAGGAUGAGAAAAAAAUACUGCAGAGUGUCACCAGAUGUGACAUCUCAGUGUGCUACAAACCUGACAGCAACACUGACUGGAGGCUAAGAAAAUCCCAGACCUCAGCCCAAAUUCAGCCUCUUAACCCCACCUUCUGUUCCCUCCUCUGCCUUCCCAUAGUCACUUUCAGCGGGGCUCUUCCCUAAGACUGCUGACCACUGAUUUGGGUGGUUUGAAAGGAGAGCUUCUGUUAUUUAUAUGCUCUGAAUAACAAACACUGACUGCAGGAAGGGAGUGUACACAGGAAAUAUAUAUUUUUUUCAUUUCCCUCUGGCGUCUUGAAGCUACUGGGGUUAAGUUCACAUGAUGGUGGCCGCAAGCAACAGUGAGAUGCAACUGCUGGAAACCUGGAAUGCGCAGAAGGGAUAAUUCAAAACCUGCAGAUCUGGCUAGCCUGUGAUUCUUACUACCAACGUGCCCCAUAAAACCUGAGACAUAAAGAUAAAAGAGACAAAAUACUUCUUAUGAUCGAAAGUCCAGCUUUCUCUGUACAAGGCAACCAUUUACUGUUACUCAGGAAACUGUUCAAGUUUCAUUGUGUAGGUUUCAGUUCAUCUUUUUCUUCUUCCGUAGAAGUGGCCUUUUCCAAUGUAGUUUGGUCAAACAGAGUGAAUAAUACAGGAUCCCAAGUGAGAAGGCACCUUAACUGGCAGCACCAAUAUGCUGUAAUAUAUAGGUUUGGGUCUUACUGAGAGAUGAAAUGAAUCAGUUAUUGAACUUUUCUCUGGAUCGACCUACAUGGACUCAUAGGAUGCCUGAGAAUUCUUACACCAGUUGACCAGACUGUACCAUGUAAUGCCUCCACUGGGGUGAUAACGGGGCUAUGUGCCUAUAUUUGAGAAUGGACACUAUGGACUUACACAAUAUGUAAAUGUAAUGUUUGUAAAUUAUUGUAUUACAUGCUAUAACUUGAAUGUUGCACUGUAAUUUUUUUUAUGUCUGUUAUAUAUAUUUUUUUAUUGAUAACAUUUCUUCGACAGUUCCAAUGAAAUCACUGAUUUAACUUAAAUUAUAAAUAAGACCAGCAGGGGGCUCUGUCAAUCUUUUUACUUCAGUUGCAGUACAGAUUACUUUAACAACAGAGUUGGCACACUUGUAGUAAAGGCUCACUUUGUGAUAGCUGUAAUGGAACAUACAUAUGGACAAUAUUUUUGCUCUGGCAAAUUUAUAACUUUAAUCUCAUGAAAGGCACAAAUGUAAAAUAUAAAUUUGAAAUUAUGGUGCUAAAAAUAUAUUCUGAUGCACGUCUUCCUUUACAAAAAAGUAACUGAUUCAUUGCACUAUGCAUACAAACUAUGACAUUUUCAAAGAAAAUCUUAUUGUUUUGUUGCUGUACAAGGAUAAUAUCCUGAUCACCUGACUGAGACUGAUAGCACUGCACAUAAAUGAAUUGAAGUACUUGCUGAAUUAGGUACUUUUAUGUUUAGAUUCCCGCCUCUCUCUUCACACACCUUCUUAGAUUAAAACAUUUCAAUUGCGAUAUUGACUUCAUAAUUGUGUUUGUAUCACCUAUGCACUGGAUACAUCUCAAAUUCAAUCUUCAUUAAAAUAUAUGUCUUCAACUGAA